AUGGCGAGUCAUCCUCAACCGUCCGGCACCCCGCAAGCCCCGGUAUGUCUGGAAGUGUUGAGCACCGCUAAACUCAAUCAGGAGGCGGCCAUUGCAAUUGCAGAGAGCAAAGAACGGGCUCGCGAGGCAGAUUGCAAGGCGGAUCAAGAGGUCGCCCUGGCAAUUGCCAAGGGAAACGAGCGUCAACGCAAGGCCGACCGGAAGGCGGAGCGUGAAGAGGCCAGGCUUGAGUGUGCAGAGGACGCCCGUCGGCACGCGGCGGAUCAGGCCUACCAGGAGCAAUCCCGCCAGGUCUUUCAAACGGCCAUGCUUGCGUUUAUGGCGAACUUGGGGGCAAGACCCACUUAG